UAGCUGCCUUAGAGGAAGCACACAGGCCUAGAUCUGCUGCUGGAAAAAAAAUCGAACUGUCCCCGCAGAAUAGCUAACGUAACCGACCAAAGCUAACCAUUUUAUAAUUUCGUUCUAUUUUGGCCGUGCUCAUUUAUUAAGCGUGUGGCUUGAAGAUAGCGCGGUUCAGCUAGAGUACUCCUUAUUGGCCAAGUGUGUCGGUGCACUAAGAACUUGGGCUGUGGAUUUCUUCUUGCUGAGGGAACUUUUAGCCUAGACCGCUGCGACAUCUCGUGAGACGAGAACUCACAUUCUCUUCGAGAGCUGGCUUUUUUAUGCAAAGCAAGACGCCGACAUAUUUAGCAGGUCAGAAGCUGUUGAGUCGGCGACCGAAGACCUCGUGAUAUCUCGUGUUGUGUGCAUAGGAUCCUAUUGUUUCUCUAUACGGAGACACUGUGGAUAUACUCACGUAUGACUUCCAUUUUCGAAAAGAACGGAACUGGUCUACAUUCUAACCGGUUUUAGGAAUACCAACGCCUCAUUUUAAUUUUUUUUUGUUUAUUUCGUUAUUUUUUUUAAUUAUUUUUUUUUCGUUGUGUUUUUUUAAAUUUUUAUUUCUGUGUGGUUUAUUCUCUGUUAGCGUGGUAGCACUAGCCACGGCGCUAACAUAGAGCUAGACUUUGAAGAGCAAGGGGCAGGUGCGUCUUACCGGUCCGUCGGUUGGAGCAUUCAUAGCCAUGGGGUGUACAUUAAGUGCAGAGGAAAGGGCUGCGAUGGAGAGGAGCAAAGCCAUCGAAAAAAAUUUAAAGGAAGAUGGCAUGCAAGCAGCAAAGGAUAUUAAGCUGCUUCUUCUAGGUGCCGGUGAGUCUGGGAAAAGUACCAUAGUCAAACAAAUGAAAAUUAUCCACGAAGGUGGCUUCACCAGCGAAGACAACAAACAAUACAAGCCAGUGGUGUACAGCAACACCAUUCAGUCAUUGGUGGCCAUCAUCAGGGCUAUGGGAACACUUAGCAUACCUUUUGGGGAUAAUGAACGAGAGUCUGAUGCCAAAAUGGUUUUGGAUGUUAUAGCCAGGAUGGAAGAUACAGAACCCUUCUCAGAAGAACUUCUUGCAGCCAUGAAACGUCUAUGGGUGGAUUCAGGUGUACAAGAAUGUUUAGGUCGUGCUAAUGAGUACCAGCUGAAUGACUCUGCCAAAUACUUUUUAGAUGACUUAGACCGCUUAGGUGCUAAGGAUUACAUGCCCACAGAACAGGAUAUCUUGAGGACUAGGGUGAAAACUACUGGCAUAGUUGAGGUUCAUUUCUCAUUUAAAAAUUUAAAUUUCAAGUUGUUUGAUGUGGGUGGUCAAAGGUCAGAGCGAAAGAAGUGGAUUCAUUGUUUUGAGGAUGUGACUGCUAUUAUAUUUUGUGUUGCUAUGAGUGAAUAUGAUCAGGUGUUACAUGAGGAUGAAACAACAAAUCGAAUGCAGGAGAGCUUGAAGUUGUUUGAUUCUAUCUGCAACAAUAAAUGGUUUACAGAAACCUCCAUAAUCCUGUUUCUCAACAAGAAAGAUCUCUUUGAAGAAAAAAUUAAGAAGUCCCCAUUAACGAUAUGUUUUCCUGAAUAUACAGGUAAACAAAUGUAUCAAGAGGCCUCUGCAUAUAUUCAGGCACAAUUUGAAGCUAAAAACAAGAGCUCCGCAAAGGAAAUCUACUGUCAUCAAACAUGCGCUACUGACACUAACAACAUUCAAUUUGUCUUUGACGCUGUCACAGACGUCAUUAUUGCAAACAACCUACGAGGCUGUGGGCUCUACUGAACACUCUAUUUCAUUCAUUUCAGCAGUUUUUUUUUAACUUUUGGUUUGAAGUCACCAGGAUUUAGAAGAGAAAGAAACAAAAUAAUAAAGGAAUAAAUGUUUUUCUGAAGGGGGAGCAUGUCGUCAGAAAGAGGCUCGUUGGGGGCAUCCAGAUGCGUCCGUGGCCUGAAGGAUCAAUAGCUAGAAGAAAAAAACAAAACAAAAAGAAAAAAAAAAACAGCAAGAAAAUCAAUAGAAUGGCACAACUUUGAGCUUAUAACAAUGUGAAACUAUGACAUCUUGGAAGUAGCGUUUGAACCUUAUUCUGAUAUACACAUGGUGUGAGGACACGAACAUCAGAACACAGAGUGUUUUCUGUAUCUUAUACACAGCGUGGUUUCUGUAUAUUGUAUGCUAAAUGAGCUCAGAUAGAUGUUUUUCUUCUUCUUUUUUUAACACACCGAAAUUUUGUGCAAAAUUGUAGUUUUCCCAGUGAAUGCUUCAAUGUGGCAGCGUUCAAAAGUAAGUUAAGAAUACAUUGCAUAAAAGUAAUUCAGUUGGUUUCUUGUUCUCAUUGAGUAAGCUUCAUGAAAUGGGCUAAGAACAAAUGCACAAUAUGUUAGCUUUAUUUUUUUGUUUUGUGUGUUUGGUUGUAGUCAUUUAAUAAAUUGAAAUUAUUUUGAUGAAAUAUUGGCCAAUAGUAAACAAAAAGAAAGCUCAAAAGAAUGUUCAAUGAUUGCAUUGUGUAACACAAACUUAAUUUGGUAAAUAAAUAACCCUCAUUUUAAAAUUGACUGAUAAUCAGUCAUUGAAAGUAAAAUGGCCUGCUUGUUACUUUCAAAUAAAAAUGUCAUAAGAGAAAAAAAGAUUCUACACUCAUUUUCUUAAAAUGAGAUUAAAUUAAUACAAGAAAGACACCUAAAGAAAAAAUAUCUCUCAAUUAUAAAAACACUGUUUUGUCUAAAGUUCUGUUUUAAAGAAUUUGCAAUAAAUUUUACAUGAUAAUAUUGUCAAUAUUUUAAUACCAUUUGCUGAAAGAUUGUAUACUUUUUUUUUUAAAGCUGCAAUGUAAAAAAAAAAUUGUUUUGAAUCUAAUCUCUCAAUGGUCCUUUGUUUCUUAUCUUCUCAAGCUCAAAACUACCCCCCCCCCCACACACACACAUAUUCAAUGAAACUGAAAUGGCAGGUGUAAUUGUAAGACACAACUAAAAACUACCCAGAUGGUUUGUUUUUUUUUUAGUUUUUUUCUAACCUUAGAGGGGCAACUCUGAAGAAACUGAUGAAUAAGCCAAGUUAUAUCAAGAACAAGUCUUUGAAGCUCCAUUCACCCAGCUGGCAUGCAAUUCAUUUUUCUUUUAUGCCCAAUUUGAUUUUCUUCUUAAAGUUCUUCAUUUUAUUUGAACCUGUUCUCAUCAAAACUGAAACUUUUUGUAGAUUUUUUUUUUGCAUUCCUGUUUAAUGUGUCUUGGUACAUCUGUACCUAGUCUAGGCACUUCUAUUGUUUAGGAUUUUAUUGAAGCCUAAGAUGUUAUGUAUUCAUUUGUAUUGUGUUAGUACUUGAUAUAUUUAUACACUCUGAACCAUCGGCUAUACAAACAUCUUAAUUCUGUUCAAUAAAUGCUGGUCUUUUUAUUUCAUUCAAGUUAAUGUGCAAUGUUUUUUCUUUUGUCAUGGACAAAAGUGUAUUUCUCAUGCACCAAUUUUAGAAUCCUAAUCAUUUGUUUAAAUAUUAGAUGUGUUUUAACUAGCUCCAAAAUGGGAGACUUCAUAUUCUCUGGUUGGUAUUGCAGCAGGACAAAGGCUAAUAUAUGACAUAAUGUCUCCCAUGAAUGUGAUGCAUUGUAAACACUUUGAGUUCACUGUAUUGACUAUUUAUAUUAAAAAAGAAUAAUAUAUUUUUAACAAUAUACAUUUUUUUUACAACAUACACACAGAGGUUCUCUAAGCACAAAUGUUACUUAAUAAUUAUAUAGGAAAUAACAAAUUUAAAGCAAAAUUAACUUUAAACCAAUUAAAAAAAACAACCAAUUUAAAAAAAAAUAAAGUCAUGCGUUAACAACCAAUAGCUUAUUUUGGGGAUAGAUAACUAGCCUUCCAUACAGGUGAUACACAUUUAUUGCCAAACAAUUCCUCACUUCUAGAUUUGCAAUAGUUGAAGCUUAUCAAUUGAUCCUGGCAUCUUUCUAUUUUAAAGUCCCAGAUGUAGAUUUGUCUUAGUUCACUUUGAGUGCAUUUGCUGUAUGUAAAAAUACAAAAGAACUGUGAUGUGUCUUACACCAGGUUUGUGCCAGCAAUGUGGCUAGGAUCAUAAGUUUUUUUUUUAACUCAAAUGGACUUCAAAUGUAUCGUAUAUGUUCACAUGGUGUGAUUGUACCCACAAAACAAUGCUUAAUUGUUGGUGAAAAUUUAGAUGUAUUAUUUGGAAUUGUUUGUUAAUCUUUCAGAUAAUUUUAAUAAAGAAUCAAAAGGAGAUUGAAAAAUAAAAAUAAACCAAAAAAAAAAAAAAAAAAAAAAGAAAAAUUAUUACAUUGCUAUUUUUUUCCCACAUUUUGAAAUUGUAGGUCAGCAUGAUUGAGUUUGAAGCAAUUUGAAAUGGAAGGAUCUAAUCCUACAUUUCUUUAUUCUAGUCCUGACCCAUUUAAUUUUCUGGAAAAUAAAAUCUACUAAAUCAUGAAUGCAUCCCAUAACUAAUAUAUCAUUAGACCUUCCAGCUUAGUUUCUAUUGACACUUUUGUUUUGUGUAGAUCACUAUUAAAAGCCAUGAGAAUCCUUCUAUAUUGCCUGCUUGAAUGUGCACACAGGUUUCUUUGUUUUCAGUCUCAUCUUCUUCAAGUCUUUAUUGAAUGCUAUGAUUUUGUGCAGUGUAAGAUGUGCGUAUGUGGACAUAUCCAUAUUACAUACUAGCGUGUUAAGAACACAUUUUUUUUUUGUUUUUAUAAAGAAUGCUUCAACUUGUACAUUUUGCACCGUUUUCAUCUUAUCAGAAUUUUUUUUUUUUAUGUUUCAUCUGAUUCACUGUUAUAUUGAUUAUUCUUAGAAUCUUUGAAGGAAAAAAGUCUGAAUGCAAUUGUAUGUUUCUUAUUACUAAAUGUUUCUUGAUUACAAAUAUUGUGAAUUCCUUAUGUAAGACUAGAAAGUCUGGCUGUUUGGCUCUACAGUAACAUGAAUAACUGUUUCACUUUGUUUGAAUGUAGCCGAGUCUAUGACAAAGUUGAAUAGAGUUAAUCUUUUUGAUGUUUUUAUCUGUGUCUAUUCUCUACAUAAGUGUAUUCAAUUGGAAGAAUCUCAUUUUAUUUUAAGCGCAGUCUUGGCUCGAUGAGCCACAACCAUCCAUAAAACCAGCUCGAUUUUUUUUGUUAGUAUAAUGCAAGGCAUAUAAUAAAAACUUGUCUUGUUCACUGGUGUUGAUUAGUUGUUUAACUUGGGAGGUUGUAAACGUUUGGCUGUAGUUUUGAUAAAAUGUUGGUUUGUCAAGCUUCUUCUAAUUGACAAAGGUUUUAUCCAGAGGAUCAUUGCAUCCUUUCUAAGCUAAGGCUGUAAUUAUUGUGCACAUUUUCAAUGUUGGUAGGAAACUUGUUCUCAGACCUAUUAGAAGAGAAAUAAUUGUCAAGGGAAACAAAUUGGUCUUGAAUUUGUAUGACUGUAAUUUAAAAAAAAAAGUUUUAAGCUGUUUUCACAUUUUUUUCCUUUUGGAUUUAUCUUAAUAAAACAAAAUGAAACUUAGUAGUUCAAAGAAUUUCAGAAUCAACUGAUUUUAUCCUUCUGUUAUGAAGUAACAUCUAGAAUUUAGAAGAUCAGUUAAUGGAAUAUUUUUCAAUAUUUAGAUUCAAGAUAUUUUAAAAGUUAUUUUAGAAAAGAUUUGCAAUGAACAAAUUAUGAUGCUGUAAUAUUUUAGAAAUGUGCACUCCUGCAGAUGUUACUCGAUGUCUGUCUGUUGACCCUUAGACUUCAAAGUGUCCGCAACUAGCCAGAGCACAUAAAGACUUUGUGUGCAGUACAUGUGUGUGUGUGUCUUUACACAAAACAUUAUGUCAUUUCUUUAUGUUUCCUCUCCCCUCCCUGUUUGUCUUUUUUUUAAACUAUGCUAUUUUUUUUAAACUGAACAAAUGUAUUUUUUUUUAUCAUGUAAAUUGUGAAUUGCACCUCCACCUGGCCUGCCCUUCCUUAAUCCAAAUAGAAAGAAUACAAAAAGAUUUGCAUAAGUUUAACCUUCAAGCUUGUUUCAAACAAAACUUAAAGAACUUUGAUUCUUAUAUGUAAUCAUUUUAAAAUGAUACAUGUUGACACAAAUGUAAUUGCAGAGGCAAGACAAUGUACAAACUAAUAUUGUCUAAGGUUUUAGAAGCUUGCACAUAUUUCUUAUUGUGAAAAAUAAAUAAUCUAUAUCUAUCAUAUAUUUUUAUUCAAUUCUAGUUUGUGAUAAUUUAAAAAUUUACUUUUUUUUUUUUAUUUAAUAUUCUUAUUAGAUUACAAAACAAAGUAUGUAAAGUAAUUUUUAAUAAUGUAUUAUUCUUAUUAUAUUACAAGAAAAAAAACAUAGGAAAAGUAGUUUUCAAAUACCAUUACCAAACUGAAAUUUGGAUUUAGAUUUCAUUGGAAAACUUCAUUUCUUCAUUUUGUAUAAGCAUUAGUUGCUUACAUAAUCAUACCCUAAUGUCAUUUCUGUAAGAAUAAAAACCCACAAAAAAAAACAACAACCAAGAGAGGUGAAUUGUUUAAGUAGGCUAUUUGCCCUGCCUUUUCAAAAUCCUUACAUGAUAAACAUAUGUACCAUCACAUCAGUUAAGUCAUUUUUUUAUUACUUGCAAUAUUCAUAUCUAAUCAAUGUGUUAGUUGAUUGGAUAGUUUUUUUUUUGUUUCACUAGUUCUCAGACCACAAACAAUUACUUUGAACUCAUUUUCUGAACUUUUCUAUUGGGGUGUUGACAACAAACAGAUGUAUUAAACCAUUUAAUCUCCAGUUUUAAUGUAAUCUGUGCAAGUUGCCACUUUGGCUCUUGUUAUUUCAUCUCUUCACUGUAAUCAACUUUUAAAAAAUUGUCUAUAUUUAAUUGUAGGCAUGUUAACUACUUGGUAUUCAAUUGAAAAUUAAACAAUUUUGUAAUGCUAUUCAAUGAGGAAAGAAUUACCUAAAAAGAUUUUAAAGUUUCAAAUGUCUGCAUUGGAGAGAUUUUAUAAGUUAACUAUUUGGUAUUCAAUUAAGUUUUUAAAAUUAAAAAAAAAGUAUUUAUUCAAAAUGCUUUUUUUUGUGUGUGUGAAUUAAACUUGGUGUAUCAAAGUUUAUUAGAGUAUACUUUUUAAGUAUGGUCUCCGCAAGAUCACUUGAUGAGCAUUUAUUGUCAUUACAGUCAAUGUAAGGCUCAUCAGUUCAAAUGAGCUGUGAGGGUGUUUCACUAAAAUGCUCUACACCAACUAAAGUAUAAAUUAUUUGACUGUACUGUUGUACUUACAACAAAUGUACUAUUACAAAACUAAGAAAAUAAAUUGUACUGCAGACUGGGACCAUAAAUAUAGUUUUACUUUUGUUUUAAUAUUCAAAAUAUCUUCAUAAAUUCAUUAUCUUUAAUAAGUAAUCUGAGAAUUAAAAAAAGAAAAUACUAAACUGCAACCCUAGAAACGGCUAGUGCUUUACCUAUGUAAAAUGUAAAUAUUACAGACAAUAAUGUUUUGUAGAUAGGUAAUUAUGUUUAUAAUUUUUUAAUUUAGCCAUCAUUCACUAUCAUUUGAUUCAGUUUACUAAACUGAUCACAAUCAAUCAAUUCAUGUUGCAAUUCAAAUGAAGAUUCAUACUUUUUGUUUUACACAAUAUAUUUGAAAAAAAAAACUAAAAAAUAUUUCUUUUAAUGCGCAUAAAUAUGCAUAAUUUUUUAGCUUACCUUGCGUGAUUUCUCAUGUCUACAUUGCUCGUUUGGUCUUUGACUGCACAUAAUCUCAAUAAUGACAGCUUUUAUUUGACAAAUAUCAGUUGUAUUUUGUACUUUUUUUAAUUUUUGGAUUUGGGAAUGUUAAUUAUCUACAUAUUAUUAGUAGUACAUUGAAAAUAUUUCAAUUGGUAAUUAUACACUUUUUUUUCCCCAUAUAAGACAGUCUUUUAGAAUGUAAACAACUAUAUUAGUAUUUUUUGAUGGUACUGUUUAAAGACAAACAAAAGCUGUCAUUUAAUGAGAGGGCUAUACACAAUUUAUGUGACCUGUAAUUGUAUUUGAUAUUUCUUUAUCGAUUUUAUAUUUUUGGUGUAUGCAUAAACGUGAUCUUUAAACAAUGGCUCUCCCCCAUCCAUGAGAGACAGUAGUGUUUGUCAUAUGUCUUCAGCUCAUUAGAACAUCAUUGGAAACAAUUUUAAUGCUACGAUCUAGUUGUUUUACACUGUCCGAAUGUGUUGUUUUUUUUGUAUACAUUUAUGUUUUGGUGCAAAUGCUAAUGCUUUGAUAGUUGAUUAAUGAACAAAUAUUUUGGUGUGCAAGUUUUAAUGGGAUGUGUGCAAUCUUCUUCUUAAUUAUUAUUCAUUACAAGUACUUUUAUCUAGUGAAAUCUAUUUUUUUUUCUUCUUUCAAAUGGUAAGACAAAAACACCAACAACCAGCGUUUAAUUUCAGCCUGUCUUCAGUACAACUGUUUCAUGUGUAGGUGUUCAACUAUUCUUCACUCCUGCCUGUGGGGCAUAGGCUGUGGGCUCCUCUAAGGAAGCGCCUCGCCCCACUCUCCCCCACGAAAAAAAAAAAAGCAACAUUUUGCAUUGGUUGUUCUAGCGAGCGCUUCUGGCAAGAGCCCACAACUGCACACACUAUUACAACAUCCGUUCAUUUUCAGCAGGAAAUAAACUCUCAAACUUUCACAA